GCUAUGGGCGGCUCCCCAGGGACCUUUUUGCACCGGGCUGGGGAGGGCAGAAAAGACCGAAAGCUCUAGGGGCUGGGGACCUAGGCAUCUCCCCAGGAACAAUUUGUAAUCAACCGCGAUGGCAGCACAGCUCUCCCGGGCCUCAAAAGCGUGCUGCCAAUGCCCGGCUUUCGCUCGCUGCCCAUCGCGCGCCCGGCACUCUCCUUUACGACCACUUGGCACCCCUCGCCAGCCAUAGUAAGCAGCCCCUGUACACAUAUGCGCUAUACACUACCCCGCUACACAUGAUAUAGCUCCCGGCACUAGUGGGGCCACCUCGACCAUGCUUAACAUGUCUGCGGCGACAACAUGAAAGAGUGGAAAGACAUCUACAAAAAACAGGACGACGAGGAAGGAGCAGCCUACGUUCAACAUGCGGCGCCUCACACGCUCCCCGACGUUGAUAGCGACACCCUCAGCUCAGACCCCGCAGACAGCUCAGACGACGAUGGUGAGGGGGCCGGAGGCGCUGAGCCGAGGGGGCAGGAGACAAAAUAUCCGCUGCCAUACGAUAGCAGCGCUGUCGUGGAAGACUUCUUCCGCAGCGUCACAGCGGCUGAUAAGGUGUGCAGCGAACUGCGCACCGCGACCCAGAAGGUGCUGCAGUGCAGUGCGGACUUCGAGGCUGCCAGCACGGCGUGCCCUGUGUGUGGCAAGCCCGGAGAUCCCAAGGGCAUGCCCCCUUUCAAAGUCACAGUAGUGACCUGGGACCAGCCCGUGAGCAUUGAUGUGCCACACGUGACCUGCAGCAGCUGCAUGCGUGGGUACACCCUGCGGCCCACUGUGCUCGGCUGCCUGCCCGAUACCAUUGUAUCGUGGGAUUUGCUUCGGCAACGUGACGGCAAUGUCAUCCUCUGGUGGCAGACCAGCCUUCUACAGCAGUUCACCAGCCUACAAUACUACAACGGGCACCUGGGCAUGGACCGCUUUUGUGCGGCUCUCAUGGCCAACUGGCAGGAGAACGGCUGUGAUAGCCAGGGGCUUACGCUGACGCAGCUGAGGCAGCGCCUUAGUUCUACAUCGCAGCGGUACCGAUUUCUGCGCGGGCUAGUGGAGGACCUGCCGGAACAGCUUCCGGGCUGGCCCGCAGGAGCCCUCAACGCAUGCGCCUGCUGCGGUGAUGCCGAGGGUUGGCAUGGUACUGGCGCGGGCAGCAGCAGCGGCGGCGGCGGCGGCGGUGCUGCCGGUGGCGCGACCACGGCCGCAGCGCCCCUGGCGGAUCUGGCGCACAGGGCCCGGGGGCAGGAUGGGCCGGUGGCUGAGGCGGCGGCGCCAGACGCACCGAGCGCAGGUGCCGGCAUGGGCAGCAGCAGCGGCGGCGGCGGCGGCGGUGCUGCUGGCGAUGCGACCACGGCCGCCGCGCCUCUGGCGGAUCUGGCGCACAGGGCCCGGGGGCAGGACGGGCCGGUGGCUAAGGCGGCGGCGCCAGGCGCGCCCAGCGCAGGCGCCGGCAUGGGCAGCAGCAGCGGCGGCGGCGGCGGCGGUGCUGCCGGCGAUGCGACCACGGCCGCCGCGCCUCUGGCGGAUCUGGCGCACAGGGCCCGGGGGCAGGAUGGGCCGGUGGCUGAGGCGGCGGCGCCAGGCGCGCCGAGCGCAGGCGCCGGCAUGGGCAGCAGCAGCGGCGGCGGCGGCGGCGGUGCUGCCGGCGAUGCGACCACGGCCGCCGCGCCUCUGGCGGAUCUGGCGCACAGGGCCCGGGGGCAGGAUGGGCCGGUGGCUGAGGCGGCGGCGCCAGGCGCGCCGAGCGCAGGCGCCGGCAUGGGCAGCAGCAGCGGCGGCGGCGGCGGCGGUGCUGCCGGCAGCGGCGGCGCGAGCCCUUCACUUGGGUUCGCGUGGCGGCCAAUGCUGGCGGCCGCUGAGCCGGCUGGUCGAGGCCCUCCUAUCUUUCAUACUGGCGCGUUCGAUUGCAACUUCAAGCUAAGCCUGUUUAAGAAGAAGGGACUCACCCACAAGUACGGCCUCGACUACCGCCAACUGUCGCGCCGGCGGUACACCCUGGGCAAUGCAUACGUGAGGGGCUUUGAGCCGCCCAAGGGGUCUGCGGACGUAGGUCGCAAUGCGGACUGCUCCAGCUUCACCGCGGACAAGGUGCUGGCCAAGGAGGAGGCCGGGAAGCUUGUGACUGCAGCUGGCGUGGUCCUGUGUCGGCAUGGUAUGCUACUUCGCCUCGUCAACCUCUUUCACGGGGAACGUCACAUGUACGCGACGGCGGCGGCGGCGUCCAUCCUGGCUGCGGGAACCGCUGUGCAGUUCUGGUGGUACGAUAUUGCCUGCCGCUGGAGCAAGUCGUGGCAGAAGUGGCACCAAGCUCUGGACCCGUCAACGGCGUGGCUGGGCGUCGCAGCGGCCAUGGUCAGCCUCGUGCCGCCGUUCCACAGCUAUGCCCACAGCUACGAGUGCCAGAAGACUUUCGGGCACCAAGGGCAAACGGGGGCAGGGCGGGGCACGGGAGAGAUCGUCGAAAUCUUCAACUCGCAGGUCGGGAAGCAGGGCAAGGUGCUGCGUUACACGUCGCCUGCGCACCGUGAGAGUGUUCUGGAGGAUGUGGGGCGCCGCUACUGCCGCCAGGUCGAGCUUGGCCUGCCCGCUCGGGUUUACCGCAUGCGGUUGCGGGCCCAGGCAGCACAUGAUGCAGCGCAGGAUCGGAUUGAGACUCUGGAGGCCACGCUGACGCCGCAACAGGUCGAGAUGGCAUGUGCCGGGCAUGCCGCUCAGCGCUCCCAGCAGCGGCAUGACCAGCCCAAACGACACGCCAACGCGGAUGCAGUGGCAGGCGAGCCAGGGUGGAAGGCAGUGUAUGCCCGCUGCCGCCUGGCGCUGAUGAAGCUGCAGCGUCUGGACACGGUAGACAACCCGGCCGACCCCGUGCCUCUCAGCGUUCUGGUUGCCGGAGGUGACAAUCUGACGCUCCGACAGCGGCCUGCACUCAUCAAGCAGCUGGAGGAAGAGAAGAAGAAGCUGGAGCAGGAGCAUGCGGCGGCUGCUCCGCCACCACGCGAGUGGGAGGCGGACUCUGCUGCAUUCAAGGAGGCUGUCAGUGACCUGGCCGAGAGCGAGAUCAAGAAGAUCACCAGUGAAAUCGAGGGCCUGGUGCUGGACUACAACAGCCUGAAGGUCAUAACGGAGAAGCUGGCGGGGAGGAAGAAGGAGCAGAGGUAUGCCAUCAAGGAGAAGCAGCGCGUGAAGGGGCAGCUUAGACAGCAGUGGGGCCGCUUGGCUGCCUGGUGCCGUGUGGACGCUGCAGGGCAGCAGGGACGGGAGGAGAAGGCACGCAACAAAAAGAUCUUGGAAGGGGGCUUGGCGGCGGUGCUUCGGGGGACGUUUCCAUGGGCCAGCGAUUCUGGGGCUGGAUCCAGCGGAGGGCGAGCAGUCGCUAGCCUUGUGCGCAGCUACAACCAGCGUGCUAGGGCGAAGGAGGAGCUGCGCUUGAUUGAGGCAGAGGUUGAGCGGGGCUGCGCCUACUACGAGCGCCGUGUGAGGAUUCUGAAAGCGGCGCAGGAAACAAGUGCGCCAGGCUUGGGACUGCUGCUUAAGCCUCACCUUUCCCGCUGCGAGUUGAUGCUGAAAUCAUUUCAGGGACUGCAGCGCGGAGAUGUGCCGGACGACACUAGCCUUUCUGUGGAUACCGAGUAGGGUAGGCAUGCUGUUGUGCGCCGGCUGGCUUUGGUCGAGGUCGGCCGAUGGUGCUGUAAGUCGCAGAAUAGCAUUGAACAAGCAUACAAGUAAUGUUGGCAAGGCCGGCGGGGCCAGGCGGAGUAUUUGAGUUGGGCGGGUGUGCUCAGACAUGUCCGCUAGGGCGGGGGUUCGGGCGUGUCCCAGCCGGCACCCGGUUUGGUCGAGGUCGGCCGAUGGUGCUGUAAAUCGCAGAAUAGCAUUGAACAAGCAUACAAGUAAUGUUGGCAAGGCCGGCGGGGCCAGGCGGAGUAUUUGAGUUGGGCGGGUGUGCUCAGACAUGUCCGCUAGGGCGGGGUUGUGGCGGGUCCCAGCCGGCACCCGGUUUGGUCGAGGUCGGCCGAUGGUGCUGUAAAUCGCAGAAUAGCAUUGAACAAGCAUACAAGUAAUGUUGGCAAGGCCGGCGGGGCCAGGCGGAGUAUUUGAGUUGGGCGGGUGUGCUCAGACAUGUCCGCUAGGGCGGGGGUUCGGGCGGGUCCCAGCUGGCACCCGGUUUGGUCGAGGUCGGCCGAUGGUGCUGUAAAUCGCAGAAUAGCAUUGAACAAGCAUACAAGUAAUGUUGGCAAGGCCGGCGGGGCCAGGCGGAGUAUUUGA